UUCAGUGCCUGUUGUUAAAGAACAAAGAGUUUACGACUUUGAGCUUUCAGACAUGGAUCACUUAAAACCUCUUCUUACAUUCACCCAGAAACAGCAAACCAAUUUGGGAUUUGGACUGAUUGCUCUUCUAACAGUGGGUAGCGAGCACGUCUUCUCUGUCUUUGCUUUUAGUUGUCCUUGCAAUGAUUGGAAUUUUAUUUACGGGAACGUCUGCCUCCUCGUACCCGCACUUGCUCUGCUCAUCCUAAGUUACAUGUUGAGCAAUAAAACAUGGAAAUUAUUCACGGGUCUGUGCCUUAGGAAAAGGAAACUAUUUCGCUUUAAUUACGCAUUUGGCUUUUUGUGCGUUUUUCUUCAAAUCAGCGUGACCGCAAUGGUCGCACCUCUCAGCUGGAUUGCAGUUGCUCUUCUCAAAGGGGUUUACUUCGAGUGUGCAAUGACUGGUGCCAAUGUUACUCUCUUCAGGAGUCACCUUUGUAACGACAAGUAUCCUCACUGUCGGACAGAGCUGGUUCAGUUCCCGUGUGAUGGAACCAGUGUCCCGAAAAGCGAGAGAGUGGCUGUUCUUUCCAUCAUACGCGCGGAAUCUCAGGUUCUUGGUUGGAUCCUGAUAGCUUCUGUCAUGAUGGUCACCUUUCUGCUUACAUGUGUGGCAAGAUGCCAUUCUCCAAUCAGUUACAUGCAGCUGAAGUUUUGGAGGAUGUACUCUCAGAAGGAGAGUGAGCUUUUGCACAGCUACACAGCUCAGCAUGCUGAAAAGCUUGCAAAGAGAAACUUAACAAGUUUCUUUGAGUUAACCAAACCCACUCCUAUGAAGAGUCCUCCCAAAAAAGCCUGGGAGAAGAUUUCCUCCUUCUACAAGUUCUGAACCAUGGAUGACUACUACAGCAUCCUGCACAAGUAUGUGUGCACUUGUGAGGACCUUGAAAAUCCAAAAGUGCGGGCUUCAAUGAAGUCUGAAAAUGAAUUUUCAAACCCAGCAGCACUGGCUUUUCUGGACGAUGGCAAACUCGUCAUGUAGAUAUGUACACAUGCUUUCUGAAAAACAUGUACAGUAUGGUUUAGCAAUGCUCCUCUAAUUGACAGCUUUCUUCGUUUAUUAUGACAUUAUGGGCACAUGCAUAAACAGAACUGGAAAGAUCACUUAUGUCUCUCUCUUUCCUGUGCAUUCUAGAGUCAGUCUAUUGUUCUUUUGUUUUUUAAUUGUAGCUUUUCUUUUGAUUAAUACAUCUGUAUUAUUUGAAUUUCCAUGGGGAUUUUGUUAUUUGAUUUUUUUUUCUUCAAUAAGAUUUUUUGUGUGUAUAGUACAAACUAUUCUGAAUUGCCCUUUGUGUUUGUGGCAAGUAGACUGUUUACAUUAAUCAGCUAUGCAUAUUUUUCUUAAAACGCAACUACUCAUUGUGUAGA